UACGUCGGUAAUGGUAGGGAUGCGGAGUAACAGAUGCCGGCGGACUCUCUCAAAUAUGUGGCCUUGUCCUCGGUCGAUUUUUUUGGGUCCCUAUCUACAGUAACUUCGAUCUCCCGUUGAUCCUCGUCCCCAGUCCAGCACGAUUUGCGUCGCUACGUUGUUGAUAAGAUCGCAAAUAAGAUGGCAUCCAGCUCAACACCACGCAGAUAUCCUCUGGUAAAACUGCCACACCCUUUUCUCACUGAAUAUCGAGUUCAGACAGUCGCCGAAACGACGCCCGCCAAACUCACCUUAGCACCCCUUGGCCAGCCUCCAGCAGGACGCCCACUUGCACAACCGCUUCACAAUGACACUCUCUCAUGGAUGGAACUAUCAUUAGCACCCAAAGAUGACCGUCCCCCAACCUCAAAUAACAGCGCCUGGGCACGUGCUCGCCGAAGCCCACAAACCACCUUCCAGUGGACAGGAAACAGCACUCCAACUCUGGGCCAGAUCUGGAACAUAAUUCACGCCAUCUACACAGCUCACCCUACACAUGAGUAUUUCCGCGUCACUCUCGUCGGCACUGGUAACGAAAUCAUCCGCGCCGAACUCCUCACAACUGGUCUCGGAAUCGAACACCCCGCCCAAUGGCACCCCAAGUUCAAGACCACCACCCGCCCUGACGACUUUCUCAUUCUUCGCAGCGCAUUCUGGCAGGGCGCCGCGUCGCCCGCUGGCCCGCGCCCUAUCUGGGCAGUGGGAGAUGGUACAGACGGACCAGUCCGGGAGCCAUUGGCCCAGUACCCCAUCAUGCCCGAGAACUACGAGGUCACGAUGAAAUUCCCCGACGAGCCAGUCUACACGCGCCACCCCACGCGCCGCCCCAAGCCGCACCCAGGAUCCAUCGUCUACAGCCGUUACAUCCCCGAAAUCGCAGAGCACUUCUCCCUCGAGGUAGUCAACUACGAAGACGCAGCCCACCUCGCGCUCUUCAACAAAUGGCAAAACGACCCGCGCGUCGCGCAAGGCUGGAACGAGACCGGCACACUGGACGAGCACAGGAAUUACCUCCGCAAACUCCACAAUGAUCCCCACGUCCUCUGCCUCUUCGGCCGCUUCGACAACACCCGUUUCGCCUAUUUCGAGCUCUACUGGUCAAAAGAAGACCACUACGGCGCGCACUACGACGCUGCGCCCUACGACCGUGGUCGCCACUCCCUCGUCGGCGACGACUCCUUCCGCGGCGCCCAGCGCGUCAACGCCUGGUACUCCUCGUGCAUCCACUACUGCUUCCUCGACGACGUGCGGUGCGCGAAUGUUGUUGGCGAGCCGAAGGCGACGGGGGGGACGAUUCUGAGCUAUGAGAAUGCGCAGGGGCUGACGAUUGGGAAGUAUGUGGAUUUGGGACAUAAGAGGAGUGUGCACUCGGUUUGUAGCCGCGAGAAGUGGUUUCAGCUUUGUCCGAUCUUUUGGGAUGGGAGGGAGAGGCCGCUGGAGAGCGCGGAUCGGGCGGCGUGGAAUGCAAAGCUUUAGGGGGGGCUAAAUUGUCGGUAAUAGAGAGGGGACAGCAGAGGGAUUCAAAAGCAGGUAAGGAACACUUUGGAGAAGUGAAUGUGCCAUUGGAAUUGGUGUUCGGGCGAACAUAGUUUUACGGUUGGCUAUCUGUGGUUUAUUUCUUGGAUCAACUGGCAAUAGACCGAAGCUACGAAGUUGG